AUGGGGGUGCCUGCAGCCCCCAACGAAAGGCCUAAACGCAGCUGCCCAGCCUCCCUGUCCGAGGCCCUGCCUGGCUCCUCCAACUGCCCGAGCUGUGUGGUCAGGGGCCCGGAGGGAGGCUGGGACGCCCGCAAGGCUGUGGAUCAGAGCGAGCCGUACGGGUUGUCGCUGGCCAAGGGCUUCGAAGUCGGCACCGUGAUGAAAGUUCGUGGUGUUGUCCCCAAGGAUGCUGAGAGCUUCUACAUAAACCUGCUGUGCAGUAACGAGCGGGACAGUGACAUCGUCCUGCAUUUCAACCCCCGGCUGGGUGAAUCCACGGUAGUCUUCAACACGAUGGAGUGCGGCGCCUGGGGCCCAGAGGAGCGCGGCAGUGGCCCUGGCUUCCAGCGUGGUGAGGCCUUCGAACUGCUCCUGAUCGCCCAGGAAAAAGCCUUCAAGGCUGUGAUUGGGAACGAGGAAUACUACGAGUUCAGAUACCGGCUCCCACCAGAGCGCGCGCUGGCGUUGCGAGUGGGCGGGGACAUGGAGCUGGAUUGGAUGCAGCUCCUCUGA